AUGAUCGGAAGAAUACCCGGACGCUGUGCUCAUAGGCACGGUCACGACAUAUCCACGGAGACUCCUGAAGUGGCGGAAGUGCGUCAAGAUAACUCCACUCACCAUGGAAAGGAGCGCGUCGGUUGGUCGCAGUGGAGCGAGUGGUCGCUUUGCUCUCGCACCUGCGACGGCGGUGUGUCGCGACAGCUUCGCACGUGCUCGUCGCCUGCGGGUUGUCGCGGCGAGCCUGUCAGAUACAAGAUAUGCAACAUGCAGCCUUGCCGCGGUAACAUAUCGCUGAUGGAGGAAGACGUGUGGAGGGAGCAGCAGUGCGGUGCCCAUGACAACACACCUUAUGGUGGAGAACUGUUCCAUUGGAGGGCUCAUCGUGAUGACGCGGAGCCCUGCGCGCUGACCUGUCGAGGCACUCCACAGCACUCCGGUCAAAGACCAGAACCUACGGUUUCCCUGGAUGAAGAUGAUCGGGUGGUGGUGGCGGUGCUGGCGGCUCGGGUAUCUGAUGGCACCAGGUGCAGGCCUGGUAGCCUGGACAUGUGUAUAGACGGCCGUUGUCAGUUGAAAAUUAAAUCGCUGGCAGCUUUG